UAGUCCAGGCUGGUUUAGGGAGGUGGGGUGGCACUGUCUAAAGCCAGUAGAAUACACAUCAAUGCAAACUGAUAGACAGACCAGUGACAACGUUUAAAUGAGGAGUACCUCAGGUGCUCCAAACAUUGUGGUCAAAAUAAUAUAUUUGAAACAUUAUAACAUUACCAGCAGAUGUUUUCUGGUAAUUUAUUCUAGUAAAACAGUAACAAUCUUACGCAUGACCCCUUUAACUACAGUGUACAGAGUAUAAAUCACUCUGGAUAACAGUGUCAGCUAAAUAACUAAAAUGUAAAAAUGUUACUCAGAUACCUACACUAACCACAAAAAUCAACAAUUUUCUAGAAAACCAUCUAACCUUCACUCACCGUAAUCGUCCAAAUCAAAACGUACUUUAUCUUUCCAUAGCCUACGCGCCUAUCUCAGUAACCCGCCACCAGCAGGGGCCAGGGCAGUUCUAUUAACAGAAGAAACCGGAAGCCGGAAACACUGUUCACUUCUUCUACGGCCUUCGAUUUGACCUAACCGCCCAUGUGUCGACACAAAUCAAAACAAUACUUGACUGGUUUCCAAUAACAUCGCUGGAACUGUCAUAAUAAAACGGUCUCAGGAUGAAUACGGCUCUAAGACACUGGAAGGAGGCGGCUACGGUGAUACUUGCUGCUGGCACAAGACAUAAACUCACUGUGGACAAUUUGACGAGGUGUGUAGAUGAAGCCAGUGCAACUGCGAUCAAAGCGGACUCCAACUUGCCAGAUAAGUCACCCUUUGACUAUGAAGUGUUGUUGCUUAGACGAAGCCGAACAAGUGGCUUCAUGCCGAACGCUUAUGUCUUUCCCGGUGGACUGGUGGAGUCGUCCGAUUUCUCAAGUGAAUGGCUCGAGGUUUUUAAGUCAUUUCGGCGCUUGCCGAAUUUCGGAUUGGGAUUUGUGAAACAGCCGCCGGAGACAAGACCUCCUAUUUUCGCCACUGACCGAAUGAAACUGGGGUCUCCCAUUCCAGGAGACGUUGGAUUUCGAAUCUGUGCGGUGAGAGAAACGUUUGAGGAGUCCGGUGUCCUUCUAAUAGUACCAAAAUACGAAGAACGACAUUUACUUAACAGCAUCGAGAAAAAAACAGGGGGUCCGCCCGAAUUAACCACAACUACCGAUAUUUGUAACAAGGAUGAACUGGCAAAAUGGAGAGCGCUAGUAAACGAGAACCCUUCUAACUUCAUCAAAAUGUGCAGGGAAUUAGAGUGUUUACCAAACAUUUGGGCUCUGCGGGAAUGGGGUAACUGGCUGACCCCUAGUGGCAAGUAUGGGAAACAGCGGAGGUACGAUACCGCCUUUUACAUAUGCUGCUUACAAGAGAAACCACCACACACUUUCCAAGACGAACAGGAAAUCGUGCACUUUGAGUGGUCCACCCCGGCAGAGGUCCUUCAGAGAUACCAGGACAGAGACAUGUGGAUAGCCCCUCCGCAGUUCUACAAUCUCAGCCAGAUGUGCCGGUUACCCUCCCUGCUCGACCUCCAUAGCUUCUCCACACAGAGAGCCGCAGAAGGCUGUGAACAGUGGCUCCCGAUCCACCUGGUGUCAGAGAAAUACUAUGUAGCGCUCCUGCCAGGUGAUGAGCUGUACCCAGAGGAUGGUUCAGGCCAGAUAAAGUCCCUAAACACCAACCAGAGCCUGGAGAAGCUUCUGGAUGAGGGCUCAGUGUUGCAUCGGCUCAUGGUCUCGGACCCAUACAGCAUCGCUGCCCUCGUCACCAUCACGCCCAAAUACAGACACCUGCUCCCAGUCACUGGACCCGGCCUGAAACACAGGAUCAUCAACAAGCUCUGAGCAUCAGUCACUGGACCCCCCCAGCCAGCACUGAGCAUCAGCUACUGGACCCGGCCUGAAACACUGGACCCCCCAGCCAGCUCUGAGCAUCAGUCACUGGACCCCCCAGCCAGCUCUGAGCAUCAGUCACUGGACCCCCCAGCCAGCCCCAAGCAUCAGUCACUGCGCCCAGCCUUCCUAGGCCCUUACUUCAUGCUACUGCCUUGCUGCUGUUUUUUCCCCACACUGUUCAACUGAAGCCCAGCAAAGUACUUUGUGUCCAUUGUUAAUCAAUCUUAAUUUAACAUAUGUACAUACAGAAUAUUUAUUUUCUAUUUAUUUCAAAUCUCAAAGUUAAAAAGGUGUUGUUAUUAGAGGAUUUGCAUCUGGGACAUUGGACAGGAUGGGAUGUCUCCUCCAGUAUCUAGGUUUAACAUGGGACCUGUUGGAAUAGGAAGUUGGUCAUUGUGUUGUAUAAUUAUCCAACUUCAUAAUUAACUUAGUCUACAGUAAAUAAGGUCAGUUUGACUGUAUCAACAAAUUGAAAAAGUGGAGCUUUACGUAUGUAUUUCUAUGAUUUAUGGGAUAAUGGGAUAUUAUGGAAGGGCAGUGGGCUGGACUUGAACACAUGCUGUAUUGAUACAUGUGUUCUGGAGAAAGCCGGAGGGGCCUUCUGUAAUCUAACUUGCCAGCCGUGUUUAACCCUAACAUAUUUCUAAUAUUAUUUGACUUUUUGUGCCUGCAAUUGAGGGUGAGAUCCAACAUUUUUACUGCUUGUUACUAAUGGAUAGUAAAGUAAAAUUGGGCAAGACGCCCCCGAAGGUGAAGGUCUAAUUGCUGACACAAAAAAACGAAAGUUUUUGGGUAACACCUUAUGAGGAAAAAUGAAUGUCUAAAUUGUGCUUGUGAAAUUUGGACCCAUCAUUUCCGGUUGAACAUCAAAACCGUCAAACUAAUCUAUGCCUGCCCACUACCUUUAUUGAAUGUGUUCCGUACGCUUGCAGUAUACUCCUAAUUUAUUUAAAAUAUAUAUUUAAAAUACAUUUGGUGUGUUCAAAUACAUUUGGAGAUUAAGUGUACUAAAAUGCUAUUCCCAAUUGCGUUAAUUAUAAUGAUGUAUGAAAUACGUGGGUACAUUUUCACACUAAUACACUGAAAAAAAUCUAAUAGUUAGCUAAGCUGUUAAAUGCCUCUAAUUAAUGUGAUUGAACUGUAAAAAAACAUUAAAAAAUGAUUUAAUGGUUAAACGAGAGACUUUGUUGACGCAGUAACCGAAAUUAAAAUAAUUGCUUGGCUUAACAAAUUAGCUCUCGAAUAGCCCUCAUCUGCAGUGUAAUAUAGUUGAAGAACUUAAUAAAGAAAUGUGUGUAUAGCUGCAGAUAUCGACCUGUUGAGAGUUAGUUUUUCUAAGGUGCUCGAGCCACGUUACAAUUCUCUCGCCGUCUUAUUUCAGCAAAAAGGUAGUUCCCACAAUACAUGAUUUUAAAACAAAGUUUGUGCCUUGUUUAUGUAUUGAAAUGUAUUCUAGUUUGUGCCCUGAUCAGGCAUCUAUAUUCCUGGAUUAGUGUUGCAUGUUUUCCAAAAUAAACUUCACACUGACCUUCAGUAAAAUGUUUGUGCCGUAGUGAAGACACACCGAUACGUGACCAAGAAACUGCACACCGUUCCGUACCGUGGCCUCCAAAAUAAAAAAAACCUACCUCAAAAUAAAUUGUAUAGAAUUACGUAAAAAAUGAUGAACAAACAAAGCUUUAAGAAUGAGGUUGUAUGGGGUGUCUUACUCAACGGGGCGUUUUACCCAAGCACACCGCUGUCAUUCAUAUUACUAUCAUCACAUUUAAAGGUUUUUGCAACCUUCUUGGAAAAUGUCCUCAACAUUGUUGAAAGCCACAUGGAAACUUUGUCUCUGGAACACAGGAAGAGUUGGUGCUGCCUAAAAGGAAUCAGAAUUAAAUACUAAACCAAUCCAUAGAUUAUAAAUGUAAAUACAAUUUUUAUAUUAAAUAUUUCAGUAAUCUAAUGUUGGAAAUUAACAAAGCUUUUUUGUACAAUAAACGUUGACAUUGAAACGUU